CGAACCCAACUUUGAGAACCGCUGUUCUAGAUCACCCUGUAUUGUGUACUUAACAUUAUAUCAUACACAUGUAAACAAGCAAACAAGUCUCAAAUUUUGAUACAGAGGGGGUAAGCUCUUCAAAUUUAACAUCAUCCUUGAAGGAUCUUACUACAUGUUUAUCAUGGACUCAAAUCCAGUCCAAAAAUAGAAAACCCAAUUGAAAACUGUUUACAUUGUAAACAAAAAACGUCACACUAAUAAAUUGUAGGCAGCAGCUUGAUUACACCCUUAGUCUGGCCUAACAGGAAGGUCUGGAUGCAUGAAUACUUCUGAUCCUCCAGUCAGAUAGACACACAUGAAUAAUGACCCGUCAUGCAGGCAGCUCCAGCACCUCAAUCUUCAGCCCCAGUUAACAUCUGUAGACUCAAAAAUCCCCUCUACCCCCCCUUUUUUUUCUAACUUGCUAAUUCUCAGAAUUUUCCACAUUAUAUUUUUCCCAUGGAUUAAGCUUCUUCACAGUGGAAGGUAAUCUCAGAAACGUGCAUGUGACAGCCAAAGAUUGAUGAAGAGGCGGGGAAAUAGUUCUUCAUCAAGUCUAAAUAAGUGUUAUUGCCACAAGCUGCUUCAUAUCUGAUCUUAAAUGUGCUAUCUGUCUUCUUCUGUGGUAUUUCUUCAGCAGUUGUUUGUUGCUAUGAUCCAGUAGUAGUAUGACGAUGAGGAGAAAUAGCUCUUCUAAACUUUUUAACUCAACUGAGAGGAAGUGGGACUCUUCAGAUCAGCCCUCCGAUAUCAACUUUCUCCAGGACCCCUACAUCCCAAGUGUUGUUAAAAGGCUCUUCUCAGGGACCCUGCAACUGCCCAGGCUGUCCUGCAGACCUUCCAAACAGGACACUUCUGAGGAUGGCUCCCAAUCCAGACCCUCAGCUUCCAGCAUCAAGCCCUCUAGGAGCUUAGGCACGCUGACCAGCUGCAUCUCCAGAGUCUUUUUUGAUGUGGAGAAUGGAUUGUCAGUGGGACGCAGCCCCCUGGACCCUCAGGCCAGCCCUGGCUCCGGUCUGGUCUUACAGGCCAACUUCCCUCACAGCCAGCGGCGGGAAUCCUUCCUGUACCGCUCCGACUCUGAGUUUGACCUUUCACCCAAAGGUCCCUCCAGAAACUCCUCUGGUGCCAGUGACCUGGAAGAAAGCUUGAAGCACUGGGAGGUCAACUGGUUGUCAACUCGACACACAGAAGACAUGAUUGUCACUCCAUUUGCACAGGUCCUCGCCAGCCUGAGGACAGUCCGAAGUAACUUUGCUGUCAUAACCAACCAGCAAGAUCGCACAGCCAGCAAGACACGAUCGUCAGGCAGCAACCCACCAUCCAUGUGCAAGACCAGCCUGGCAGAGGAGCCUCACCAACAGCUGUCCAUAGAGACUCUGGACGAGCUGGACUGGUGUCUGGAACAACUGGAGACUCUGAAAACUCGACACUCUGUCAGUGAGAUGGCUUCCAACAAGUUCAAGAGGAUGCUGAACCGGGAGCUCACCCAGCUGUCAGAAACGAGCCGAUCAGGGAACCAGGUGUCUGAGUUCAUCUCCAGCACCUUCCUUGAAAAGCAACAUGACAUGGACAUCAUGUCACCCCCAAUAAAGGAAAAGGACAAGAAGAAGCGUCCCAUGUCCCAGAUCAGCGGUGUGAAGAAGGCUACCCACAGCCCCAGCCUUGCCCCCUCUAACAUCCCUCGCUUUGGGGUCAACACCAGCCAGGAAGGUCUUCUAACAAGGGAGAUGGAGGAUGUUAACAGAUGGGGUAUUGACAUCUUUAAGGUUGCUGAGUAUUCAGGGAACCGCCCAUUGACGGUCACCAUGUACACCAUCUUCCAGGAACGAGAUCUCCUGAAGUCUUUCAAGAUUCCCACUGAUACUUUCAUUACCUUCAUCAUGACUUUGGAGGACCAUUACCGUGCUGAUGUGGCCUAUCAUAACAACAUCCAUGCUGCAGACGUGGUCCAGUCAACGCAUGUCUUACUCUCCACCCCUGCACUCGAGGCUGUAUUUACUGAUCUGGAGAUCCUUGCUGCACUGUUUGCCAGCGCCAUCCAUGAUGUGGAUCACCCUGGAGUUUCCAAUCAGUUUCUCAUCAACACCAACUCAGAGCUGGCCCUGAUGUAUAACGACUCAUCGGUGCUGGAGAAUCACCACCUGGCUGUCGGCUUUAAGCUGCUGCAGGAUGAAAACUGUGACAUCUUUCAGAACCUCAGCAAAAAGCAGAGACAGUCACUGAGAAAAAUGGUCAUUGAUAUGGUGUUGGCAACAGAUAUGUCAAAGCACAUGAACCUCCUGGCAGACCUGAAAACCAUGGUGGAGACCAAGAAAGUCACCAGUUUAGGAGUUCUGCUGCUUGACAACUACUCAGAUCGCAUACAGGUCCUUCAGAAUAUGGUGCACUGUGCAGACCUGAGCAACCCCACCAAGCCUCUGGAGCUGUACCGGGCGUGGACGGACCGCAUCAUGGUGGAGUUUUUCACCCAGGGGGACAGGGAGCGGGACAAAGGCAUGGAGAUCAGCCCCAUGUGUGACAAACAAAAUGCCUCAAUAGAGAAGAGCCAGGUGGGUUUCAUCGACUACAUAGUUCAUCCUCUGUGGGAGACCUGGGCAGACCUGGUCCAUCCGGAUGCUCAGGAGAUCUUGGACACACUGGAGGACAACAGAGAGUGGUACCAGAGCAUGAUCCCCCACAGCCCCUCACCAGACCAGGGCCAGGAGGAAGAGGGAGCCCUGGCCGGGGAAGCAUCAGCAGUCAGUGGAGGCGGUGGCUCCAUUUCAGCCGACAAGUUCCAGUUUGAGUUGACUCUGGAAGAAGAGGGAGAAUCAGACACAGAGAGUCUACCUGAGGAGGAAGGAAGCCGCAGCAGCAAUAGGGGGCCCAAACUCUCCAGGACUGAUUCUGACAAUGGCUUUGAUGCUCUGCCCAGCACAGAACUUACACCUGAUUCAGACAGGACGUUUCCUCUUGACUCUGACAAAGACAUAGACGAAGACAGAGAAACAGACCAGGAAAGCGUCUCUGGUGUCCCUCGCUUCAGACUCGGCACAUAGCACCAACCAAAAGUGAUGUUUCUUUUGGGCUUUUUUGUUUGUUUUCUUAAUUUGAGGCCUCAUCCUCUGUCACUCCCCCUCUCCCUCUCCAACCUAAACAUCACUGCAUCUGGCAAGGCCAACAGGGUGACAGGAAGCCUUGGUGUUGGGAGUGCAGGAGUGCAUGCAGGCAUCCAGGUGUGUUAAACUCUGCAGUUCUACACAGUGGUCACUUGCACUGGAGAGAGACAGACAGACUGAGUCACUGUUCCAGUAGAGGACAGGAAACCAAGUUUCUGAGCGGUCCUUUAUGUCACUUAGACAAACUGUGGACAGUGGGAAGUUUAAAAAAAACUUCCAUUUUACCAGCCAAACCAAGGUCUACUACAAAACAGUGCUGUCUUCCUCUUUUGGAGUACCAGUGAAGAACGUGAGGAAGUAACCAGAGGUCUUGCCAAACUUGCAAUUUACAGGGACAAUGCUGUUUUGCCUACAUUUUUUUGUUAAUUUUUUUCAUGGAUGUAUUCUGUUGUUAUUUUCAAAUGUAGGUUCAUACACAGUGAAACAAAGAUACAGUAAAAAGCACACUUCAAAGCAGCAAAGUAAUGACAGAAAGGAACUAUGCAUGAUUGUAUGCAGACAGACUGAGUGAAUUUUUGAUUAUUAUUUACGUAGCACAGGCCGUUUUGUUGUGUUAGGCAGGCAGUUGUUAUGGAGGAGGAAUACUUAGUUAUGAUGAAGUGACAGAACAUUAAUUGAGAAUUUCAUUUUAUCUCUGCUUACUACUUUAAAGUUGGGAUCCAAAACUAUUACAUUUGUCUGCGACAAAACUGAGCCAGGGUCAGUGAAGUGCUGUUCAGUCGAAGGAGAUCACAUCCAAAAUGGUGUGGGUAUGCACAUGGUGCCUCCCGGUGUUGAAAAGUGGAACUGCAGUUCUGACAUUGGAGACAGAUUCAUUGCAAGGUUUUGUAUAGGCCUAAAAGGAACAUACAUUCAAGCUGUAUUUUAGUAUAAAUCUACCCAAAAUAUCAGAAAUCUUUCAGUUAUUUUUUUUACUUUUUGUUGAUUUUUGUCAGAUUUAAUUUUUAUUUAUGCUCGCCUUCAAGUUUAGCACUUUACAGUUAGUUCAUGGCCAGCCCUUGUUGUGGUAUUUAAGGGCUUGAGCCAGAACGUGACUCUUGGGAGGCUGUUGACUGAGAGACAGUUUGUCAUUGGCUGUCAACAAACCAGCACAAACAUCAUGUAAUGACUAACAAUGCUUCGAUACAGCUGAAACGCAUGAAAUCAUCUAUUCAAAUCCAUUAUUGUUAUGACACAAGGUGUCCAACACAGCAGCAUCAAGCCACUUGCAUAGAUUAGCAGACUGGUAAUGGCAGUAAUACAAGAGAAUCAUUGUUACUGUAAACAAAAACAAACCCUAGUUACUAAGCUACAUUUUCAUGUGCCAGAAUAUGUUCUUUUUCUCUCAUUGAUCAAUAUUUUGCUCUUCACAGGGACAUAGUCAAUGACAAAACAAGUGCCAAGCAAGCAUGACACAACCCGUACUGUAAUUUCCAUUUUGCCACUGGCUACUUUCCAUCAGUGACUGAUAAAGUUGGUUGAUUGUAGCGCCCUGCGUGCCAAUCUGACCCAUAUGUCUUUGUUGUUUUUUUUCUAACUCUUGUUCAAACAGUAACUGAAACUGAUAUUGUCUUAAAACAGUGAUGUGUUUUAGUGUGUGUGAGUGAAUGACAGUUUGACCUUUUUGAUGUAUUUGCUAAGAAAAAACCAAAGCACUUUGUAUGGUACUUUUACAGUUCUGCACUUCCAGUACAGUUAAACAUGUAUAAUGUGACUGUUUCACUGUUUUUUCUGUUGGAGAGGUGAAUUGCACGAGCUGGACCACUACAGCUCUAAAGGAUGUAUGUUGGAGGGACUGAAUUUUUUUUGUUCUUUUUAUAUAUGACUGUACAAAAAAUGUGUACUGUUGAAAUGCAUGACAUGGGCUGCAGGAUUCAAAGAACUGGGAGAGAAUAGAGUACCUAUAAAACUUAGCCUGUGGAGAAACUUGUUUCAAUGUAUAAAUGAGCUGACCUUUUUUUUUUGUUGUUGAUGCCUUAUUGCCAAACUAAGGAUUUUUUUCUUGUCACUGUCAUGCUGGACUGAAACAUGUGCAAUCCUUUCAUUUGCCGUUAACAUCGCCUAACAGAGAGAGAAACACUCAUGGAUGCCUUCAACACUAAGGACUAUUUCAAAGCAGCUCAACCAGCACAACGUGUCUGUUUCUCUGCGUGUCACACAUUGCUUAUUUUGUACAUUUUCCUCAAAGUACUUCAUGUACAGAUUAUUUAUUAUUUCUGUAUUAUCUGUCAGAAACAAUGGAACAGUAGACUUUAUUUUAGUCUGAGGGUUUAGUACUUAUAUGUAGCUUGUUAUGCAAGAAACUCAAACAGGACAGAUUUCUGAUAUUACUCCGCUUUUCCCUUCUCCUCUAAUUUCUUGAUGUCUACCAAUAAGAUUUAUAAUAGGCAAAACACUUACUUUCAUGUUUUCUUGGUGUUAACUAGUUCAUUGACAGAUUUCAGUCUGCGUUAUCUGAAAAUCCCUCCUAUCCUGUCUUCCUCUGUUUCCACUGAUAUGUCUGGAUAUUGUAUUCAUGAAGAAUCUUGCUAUUUGUGUACUGAUCUGAGACUUCUUUGAUUCAGAGUAAAGACACAGUAGUCGUACAGCCUCAAGUCAUCCUAGAUGAGUAUUUCUGUUCUUAAAGAUUUGAUGAUGAAUAUUCGUCAUGAACUAAGACUGCAGCUUUGACAAUCCAACCUCUGCUGUUUAACUGCGGGUGUGUUUGCCCUCUCUCCAACUACAACUGUAUGCCUUGCCAAUAAAGGAGAUACUCUUCACU